AUGUCUAGCCAUUGCUUACCCUCACUUACACAUGCCCGAAAAGGUUUUAUCUUGUUUCUCGUUUUCGGCCCUGAAAAAGACGAAACAAGUCAGAGUCCAAUUGUUUUCCUGCACGGGCUCUUCGGCUCUAAGCAGAACAACAGGAGUAUCAGCAAAGCGUUGGCACGUGAUUUGAAGCGUGAGGUCUUUAUCCUGGAUCUCCGGAAUCAUGGCCAGUCUUUCCACUCCAAGGAGCACACGUACAGCGCGAUGGCAGAAGAUGUCGUCAACUUCAUCCAUCAGCAGAAGCUGAACAAGUGUGUCUUGAUAGGUCAUUCCAUGGGCGCAAAAACCGCGAUGACGGUCGCACUCGACUCUCCCAAUUUGAUCUCGGCGCUUAUCCCCGUCGACAACGCCCCGGUCAAUGCUCCGCUGAAGAGUGACUUUGGCAAAUACGUCCGAGGCAUGCAACAGAUCGAAGCCCAGAAUGUAGCGAAGCAGUCUGAUGCAGAUAAGAUUCUUAAAGAUUAUGAAGAAUCCCUUCCUAUCCGCCAAUUCCUCUUGACCAACCUAGUUCGUGGGGACCAUGGAGCUAUGAAGUUCCGUGUCCCUGUUUCGAUCUUGGGAGACGCCUUGAGUGAAAUGGCUAAUUUUCCUUAUGCUGAGUCUAGCUCCGCCACGUAUGACGGUCCGACGCUGUUUGUUAGGGGCACAAAGAGCAGAUACGUCAGUGACGAUACAAUCCCUGCGAUUAAGAAAUUCUUUCCCAAAGCCCAGAUAGCCGAUGUAGAAGCUGGGCACUGGCUCAUUUCGGAAAAUCCUGAAGCUUUUAGACAAAAGGUUGUUACAUUUUUGCAAGAAACACCUUGA